CCCCGCGUGCGCGCGCCCCGCCGGCGCCUCCAUCCCGGAUCCGCGCUGCAGCGUCAGCGCCGCCGCCCGUUCCUUUCCUCUUCCUCCUCCUUGGCCUCGGCCUCCGCCUCCUCUUCCUCCUCCGUGCGCCCCCCCAGCCUCCGCUGCUCCCGACGCGGAGCCCGGAGCCCGCGCCGAGCCCCCGGCCCCGCGGUGCCAUGCUGCCCCGGCGGCGGCGCUGAACGAUGGCGACGCCGCUGCCUCCGCCCUCCCCGCGGCACCUGCGGCUGCUGCGGCUGCUGCUCACCGGCCUCAUCCUCGGCGCGGUCCUGCGCGGGGCCGCCGCCGGCCACCCGGAUGCAGCCGCCUGUCCCGGGAGCCUGGACUGUGCCCUGAAGAGGCGGGCACGGUGCCCCCCUGGUGCCCAUGCCUGUGGGCCCUGCCUUCAGCCCUUCCAGGAGGACCAGCACGGGGUCUGUGUGCCCAGGACACGCCGGCCUCUGGGUCGGGGCCAGUCCCAGCCCAGGCUGGAAGAUGAGAUUGACUUCCUGGCCCAGGAGCUCGCCCGGAAGGAGUCGGGAUACUCAACUCCGCCCCUGCCUGAGGCCCGACAGCGGCUCCUGGAGCCUGCCACCCUGGGCUUCUCAGCACGGGGGCAGGGGCUGGAGCUGGGCCUCCCCUCAACUCCGGGAGCCCCCACGCCCCCGCCCCACACCUCCCUGGGCUCCCCCGUGUCCUCCGAGCCGGUGCACAUGUCACCGCUGGAGCCCCGGGGUGGGCAUGGCGACGGCCUUGCCCUCGUGCUGAUCCUGGCGUUCUGUGUGGCCGGUGCGGCCGCCCUCUCCGUGGCCUCCGUCUGCUGGUGCAGGCUGCAGCGUGAGAUCCGCCUGACCCAGAAGGCUGACUAUGCGACUGCGAAGGGCCCCGGCUCGGCAGCAGCACCCCGGACCUCGCCUGGGGACCAGCGGCUGGCACACAGCGCGGAGAUGUACCACUACCAGCACCAGCGCCAGCAGAUGCUGUGCCUGGAACGGCAUAAAGAGCCACCCAAGGAGCUGGACACAGCCUCGUCGGACGAGGAGAACGAGGACGGAGACUUCACAGUGUAUGAGUGCCCGGGCCUGGCCCCAACCGGAGAGAUGGAGGUUCGCAACCCGCUGUUCGACCACGCCGUGCUGUCUGCGCCCCUGCCGGCCCCGGGCUCGUCCGCGCUGCCGUGACCUGAAGGCGGACAGACGCCCACCUGCUCCCUGACCAUGUGACCCCUGGGGGAGGGGCAGGGCCCAGAGCUUCCCACUAAAACAGGUUUUGAGGUUGUGUGCUUGUGGCUGGGCCUCGGGCACCAGGCCCUGGGGCCCCUUGCCAGGGAGACCCCACCUUUGUUCCAGGAGACCGUCUGUCCCCCUGCACCUCUCCUGUUCGGUUUGGACCCCCAAACUGAAGGGGUCAGGGAGAACCACAGAGCCAGGAAUGGGUGGGGAAUUGUAGGGACAAAAGCCAAUUAAAGUCUUUUCAGACCCGCGGCUUCUG